AGAAUGCGAUAAAAGAAAAUACAAUUAUUUCGUCUUCUAAAGAGAAGACAAUAAAAGAAAAUACAAUUAUUUCGUCUUCUAAAGAGAAUGCGAUAAAAGAUAAUACAAUUAUUUCGUCUUCUAAAGAGAAUGCGAUAAAAGAAAAUACAAUUAUUUCGUCUUCUAAAGAGAAGACAAUAAAAGAAAAUACAAUUAUUUCGUCUUCUAAAGAGAAUGCGAUAAAAGAAAAUACAAUUAUUUCGUCUUCUAAAGAGAAUACAAUAAAAGAUAAUACAAUUAAUUCGUCUCCCGAAACACCACUAACAGAGGAUGAGAAAAUUAACAUAAAGUACUGCCAAGAAAAAACAUGUAAAUUCCUGUUUCCAUAUUAUCACCCAGAACAGGAGACCCGUGCCAACAUUCACGCUCGCCUUUACACACAAUUAGCGCGAACUUUAAAUCGUACAUUAGUCAUAUCAAACGUUGGAAAUUCAAAAAUUAGAGCAUGUAGUCGAUAUCCAUUCGACUUCUAUUAUGAUUUGAAAGCAUUUCAAAAAGAUUAUCCGGACAUUCGAUUUUUAACUCAAGAUAAAUUUUUGGAAUGGACAAAAGAAAGAAAAAUUCGACCAAUUACGCAACAUUCACAGGUAAUUCAAGAUAAUUUUAAUAAAUCUUUUAAGUCUCAAAAAAAAAAGGCUAUGGGAAUAAAGGAAAGUGCUAAACUUGGAAACAAACGAAGAAAAACUUAUUGCACAGAUUUAUUUAAUCUAAAUAUCACGAAUUAUAAACAAAUUCACACGGGAAUUGGUGAAUUUGAUCGAGAAGCAAUGUUGAAACUUGCCACAAACACUUUAAAAACUCCAUCGAUAACAGGAGAAUAUGAAGUAAUAAUGAUAUUGAAUACAUCACCUGCAGAAAUAUUUCCAAAUGUUACCAAAGUAAUUCCAUAUUCACCAUAUAUUCUUGAAGAAUCAAAAAAAAUCAUAAAAAAAUUAAAGUCUCAUAUAGCUGUUCAUUGGAGAAUGGAGCAAGCUAUUGAAAUACUUGGACUAAAUGGUAGUAUUGCAAAUAGUUCCGAUCACAUAAAAAUCGAUACGUGGAUUUCAAUGGACGCUUUCUCACAAAUUAGGGACGACCCAAAAUACGAAUCAGAAUUUAAUGGUGCUGGUAUACACGGAAUACUUGAUAAAUUA